AUGGUGCUCUCUUCGUUUUCCGUCUACUGGGUGCCUCCCUUAUCCACUCGCCUCCGCCUCGGCCGCACAUACUUCAAGAGCCUCGCGCCCAAUGUCGUCCGGGUCAGCAGGCAUCGCAUCAUCAAAGGCCCUUACUACCUAUGCGAGCUGGAGGCACUCCUGCACAUGGAGCUUGUGGAGGGCGUCAGCCUGGCCGGGCUAUGGUUCAAGACGGGCCUAGUAGACGACGUCAAAACGACGGUCAUGGCCGACCUACACGGCACGGUUGCUCAGAUCCGCAGCCUCCCUCCGCCAGCACAACAGUCCAUUGUGGCAUCGGCAUCGGCAUCUACAAAGGAGGGCUUGUCGGAUGGCCGCAUCGGACCGGAGACCGCUGGGCCCUUUGCAAGCCACGACGCAUUUCACACGUUUCUACGCGGUGGUAUUCCUAGUUGUCCAUCCUCGGUAAAGGAGAAACGAAUGAAUUGUGAUGAAUGA